UUUUAAAAAAUUUAACCAUACAUUUAUUUAAAUUAAAUUAUGGUUUUAAAUGACGAUAAAGAAUCCAAAUGUGUUACUGAUUCUUCAACUAAUGACUUAACUGGUGUAAAUGAUAAUGGCUCCCAUUUAGUUAAAAAGGAAGAUAUUGAAUCCGGACCUAAUUUUUUAACACAUUUAGGAUAUUUCGAAGUGAUAAAGGAAUAUUUUGACUUAUCAACUUCUGAAUACUUUGAAAGAUGUUUAGCUGCUCUUUAUCCAUAUAUGUGUAUACACAUAACUCCCCGAACUCUUCUUAAUAAUUUAAAGGACCCCAAUAGGUCAAUAAGUAUUGACAUAGAGAAAUUUCCAGUAUUUUCAAAUUCUCCUUCUGAGGACCAAAUUCAGGUUACUCUCCCCAAUGAAGAUGAGAUUGAGUUAAACUUGUCAAAGUCUUCACAGGGUACAAAGGACUCUAAUUCUAUCACAGAUGGGAUCAAAUUGGAAUGUAACUCCAAAUUAUACAAAACUUUGUGCUCAAUGACACAGUACCCUGACCUUUAUGGUCCAUUUUGGAUUAACAUUAUGGCCUCAUCUUCAUUGUUCUUUUCUACCUGUUUUAGUGAGAGAUUAACUUCAUCCAGAAGUUUGUUAACUCUUGUUCCUUUUUUUGAGCUUAUUUUCCUCUCUAUUAGUUGUACUUUUUUGAUGGCAUCUUCAAUUUUUUUAUGUAAUUAUUACUUUGUUAGGAAAAUAAAUUUGAAGGUUUUUGUUGGUUUCCUCUCGGUUUGUGGUUACACACAGAUUCCGCUUGCUCUUCUUUGCAAAUUAUGUAUUUUAAUUAGUCUUCUCAUGUUUUUCCAUCCUCUUCAUUAUGUCCUGUUAACCCUCAAGGUUUUCACAUACUUUUACUUGUUUUUUUCCACUUCUACCACUCUUUACAUUUCUCUUGGGCCUCUUGACACACCUAGAAAUACAUUUAAAUGCAAAACCUUUUCUGUUUUAUCCUCAUAUCUUGUGCAAAGCUUGUUCCUCACACUGAUACAAAAGUAUAUUCAUUAAC